UUCCCUUCUGACUUCGCUGUCCUUGCUCCUCGGUGGAGAAGUGGCUUCAAAAGUGUGUCCACGGUUGAGUGAGAGUUGAAGAUUUGAUCACAGCGCAAUACGCACGCUCAUACCAACGAUCCGAGGUGGAUACAAUAACUUAUCACAGAGUUUCUGUAUUCGAAAUUAUAGUGAAUGUUCGUGUUCAACAGCUUGUACACUUUCAUUAUCUAUCUUGGAUGUUAAAAAAAGAAGACAAAUCGUUUCUUUAUCGACCAGCGUUAUGGAUGUUUCCAAAGGUGUCUUGGUUUUCACUCUAGUCUGCACGUUGCGACCUAUGCUGUCCAUUCAGAUAUGUGACAUCAUGCUGGAGAUGGACAAGGAGAGAGAGACGUGCAUGGCCCAGUUAGAAAACAUGACAACAGGUUGCAGUGGGACGUGGGACAAGGUGGCCUGCUGGCCCAGCGCCAAUACAGGACAGGUGGUCACCAUACCCUGCCCUGUCUACUUCUUAUACUUGACCAACGAUUUUAUCAUGGGUAACCUGUCGAAGACCUGCACCAGUGAUGGCUGGUCUGAGGUUACCCCUGCUUCCUAUGCACUGAAUUGUGGGUACAACGCCAAUGUCACCAAAGUUGAUGAUGAUGACAAGGAGGAGUUCUACUGGGCAGUGAAAGUAGGCUACACUAUCGGACACAGUCUCUCUCUCAUCUCCCUCACUAUCGCUAUCGUCCUACUCUGCACUUUUAGGAAGUUGCACUGCACCAGAAACUACAUCCACAUGAACCUGUUUGUGGCGUUCAUACUGAAAGCCAUUGCCGUCUUCAUCAAAGAUGUGGUUUUAUACGAGGUCGGGGAGUCCGACUGUCAACCUGAAACUGUGGGAUGUAAGGCAGGGGUUGUCUUCUUCCAGUACGGCAUCAUGACCAGCUACUUCUGGCUAUUGGUCGAAGGCCUCUACGUCCACACCCUAUUGGCUGUCUCCUUCUUCUCCGAGAGGAAGUACUUCUGGUGGUAUAUUCUGAUUGGCUGGGGAGCGCCAACUGUUUUUAUCACAGCUUGGGUUAUUACAAAGGCUUAUUUAAAACACUCUGGGUGUUGGGACAUUAUUAACGACCAUCCCUGGUGGAUCAUCAAAAUGCCAAUAUUACUGACCAUACUGGUCAACUUCAUCCUGUUCAUCUGCAUAAUCCGGAUCCUGCGUCAGAAAAUGAAUUGCAGAGACAUAGGAAGGAAGGAAUCUCAUCAAUACUCGAGGUUGGCUAAAUCCACACUACUGUUGAUACCUCUGUUCGGAAUCAACUACAUCAUCUUUGCCUUCAUCCCUGAAGACAUCAACACGCGGAUCAGGAUGGUCAUUGACCUGAUUCUAGGAUCCUUCCAGGGGUUUGGGGUUGCAGUCCUGUAUUGUUUCCUAAAUGGAGAGGUGCAGGGGGAGGUGAAGCGUAAGUGGCGGCGAUGGCACAUGCAAAGGUUUCUGGGUAAAGGAGACACCAAAUACCAGCAGCCCCAGUAUCUGGGUAGCAAUGGUAACAACUUCAGCACCCAGAUCACCAUGUUGACCAGGUGUAGCCCCACCACACGUCGAGCUUCCGACUGCCAGGAACACUUCUCUGCUAUCUGAGCCCAGCUCUGGGUGGUAACAGAGGGCAGAGAAGGAGGCAACAGUGAUGAGCUGUACUGAAGCGCUGUUUAGUAUUCAGUCAGCACAGUAGAGACCACCAGCCAACCACACACAACAACAGCAAUGAUAGGCUUAGAUCAGGAAAGCCGCGGACCAAUUUAACACAAUUUAUUUAGCUUGUUUUUUGUUUAAUUUAGGAAAAUCAGUUCCCAAGUAUUCAUACAAAAAAAAAAAAAAGACAGACAUCGUGUCUCAAAAUAAUCAAGGUAUGAAAUGAUUGUUAUUUUCUAAAUGUCUUUUUGGGCUCUUAGUUGUGGUUGCAGUGUACACAUUUUUACAUGGGGCAGCAGGUGGCCUAGCGGUUAGAGAGAAGUGAGCCAGCAACCGGAGGUUUGCCAAUUCGAAUCCCGGGUCUGACGGGAAAAAUCUGGCAAAAAGUGAGCUGGCAACCGGGGGGGUUUCUGGUAUCAACACACUUAACCCCCCACAACAACAGCUCCCCAGGCACUCAGUGUGGCAGCCUCGACACCUCCAAAACCUGUAUACUGUAUGUAUGUACGUAUGUAUGUGUGUCUUUCGGAGGGGUUGGGUUAAAAGCGGAAGUUACAUUUCGGUUAGACGUUGUCUGACCAAUUGACGAAUAAAGUGAUCUAAAGCUUCAUAACAAUGUUCCGUUCCUCCAACCGGCCGCAGUGACGAAAAUCAGCCCGUGGCCAAAUCUAGUCACCUAAUCCCUGGUCUACACUAUGUUAAAUCCAAAAAACCUUCCAGUUCAAAUCACCAUUGGAUAUAUCUGUGUGUGUAUUGAGUGUUGUGUUAGUCCGUGUGGCAGGGUUGAAGUCAAUUCCAUUUUAAUUCUAGUCGAUUCAGAAAGUAAAACCAAAUUCCAAAUUUUAAUCAUGGAAAACCAUUCAGGAGAAUUGAAAUGUCAGUGUACUUCCUGAAUUAGAAAUGGAAUUGACCCCAACCCUGCUGUGUGACUUGAGAUAAUCGUAACUUUACAUUGGUCUCAUAAGCUAGCUACAGAAGCCUGAUCCCAGAUCUGUAACAUACUGUAUGUGCUUUAGCCAACUUCUUUGUCAUACAUGUUUGACAUGACAACAAAUGAACAUGAACAGAGAAGUUGGCUAACAGAAGAGCAACCGGUUAUGAGCUAUGACUAGGUAUUAGGCUAGGAGCUGGGUAACAGGCUAGGAGCUAGGACUGGGUAACAGGCCAGGAGCUAAGACUAGGUAACAGGUUAGGAGCUAAGACUAGGUAACAGACUAGGAGCUAAGACUAGGUAACAGACUAGGAGCUAGAACUAGGUAACAGACUAGGAGCUAGGAAUAGGUAACAGACUAGGAGCAAGGACUAGGUAACAGGCUAGGAGUUAAGACUAGUUAACAGGCUAGGAGCAAGGUAACAGGAUAGGAGCUAGAUAACAGACUAGGAGCUAGCACUGGGAAACAGGCUAGGAGCUAGGACUAGGUAACAGACUAGGAGCUAGGUAACAGUCUACGACCUAGAUUUAGGUAACAGGGUAGGACUAGGUAAAAGGCAAGGACUAGGUAACAGACUAGGAGCUUGGACUAGGUAACAGGCUAGGAGCUAGGACUAGUUAACAGGCUAGAAGCUAGGUAACAGGCUAGGAGCUAGAUAACAGGCGAUAGGACUAGGUAACAGGCUCGGAGCUCAGUCACAGGAUUUGGUAACAGACUAGGACUAGGUAACAGGCUAGGAGCUGGAUAACAGGCUAUGAGCCAGGGCUACAGAUAACAGGCUAAGAGCUAGGUAAAAGGCUAGGAGCUAGGACUUGGUAACAGGCUGGACUAGGUAACAGGCUAGGAGCUAGGGCUAGAUAACAGGCUAAGAGCUAGGAUGAGGUAACAGGCUAGGAGCUAGGACUAAGUAAGUGGCUAAGACUAGGUAAACGGCUAGGUAGGUUACGGGCUAGGAGCUAGGACUAGGUAACAGGCUAGGCCUUGGCAAGAGUCUAGGAGCUAGGAGUAAGUAAAAGGCUAGGACUAGUUAACAAGCUAAGAGCUAGCACUAGGUAACAGUCUAGGACUUGGUAAGGGUCUAGGAGCUAGGACUAGGUAACAGGCCAGGAGCUGGGACUAUGUAACAAGCUGGGAUUAUGUAACAGGCUAGGACUAUGUAACAGGUUAGGAUCUAGGUAACAGGCUAGGAGCUUGGACUAGGUAACAGGCCAGGACUCGGUAACAGGCAUAGGCUCAGUCUAGGUAACAGGCUGGGACUAGGUAACAGGCAUAGGCUAAGUCUAGGUAACAGGCUAAGUCUAGGUAACAGGCUAGGACUAGGUAACAGGCUGGGAGCUUGGACUAGGUAACAGGUUAGGAGCAAGAGUGAUUGGCUGUGCUGUGCUGUGCUGGCCAGUUCACGUUACUCAACUUUAGAGUUUACACGUUGUCGACGUGGCAGCAUCUACAUUGGAAGGAUCUCAAAGUGAAACGUUAUCCACGUGGUCUAGUCUAUAUUGGAAGCAUCUGGUCUCGUCCCUUAUCUAUCUAGUAUCCAGCUGUCCAUGAUCAACCAUUGACGAAGACACUUUUAUGUACCAGAAUUAUGUUGGGUUGAAACAUAGCUGGAUUACAUUCCAAGAAAAGAAGAUUGAAGCGGCAAGAUGUUUCCAUUGUAAGGCAGAGUCUCUUAGUGCAUAGUUUGGUGUGCAGACAGUCAGGUAUUUUUCAGUCUUGCUCUUACAUUCCCCUCAACCCCCCCCCCCCCCUUUAAAAAAAAAUAGCCAAUCGUUUUGAGUUUUACUACAGAUGCACCUGUAUGUGUUUUUCAUUAAAAACGUAAACUUAUCCACUAAAGAUCAUAAGUGGGAAGACCAGGCGGUUAGCCAUGGUGUUUAGCCAUAUGGUGAAGUAGUGAUGGGGGGCGUAAAAUGUUUAAAAGUUUCCUCCCAUAGCUCCUAACCUGUUGCGACAUCUACGAGGUAAGAUAUCUCAUUUCAAUGGUACUGAAUUGUUUCCCACUUGGUUUCUAAAACCUUUCAGAAAUCUAUGUUGUUUACCUUGUUGUAUUUCAUUGUACAUGUGAAUACGUGACUGUACCUCUCACUAAAAAUGUCAUACCAUUGUUCCAGCUAUGGGCGAAGCUGCAUAUACAGUAGGAAUGAAGUACGUGUUUUAUCAUGUGUUUUAUUGUGGUUAUUUACAGUUCUCAGGUGUUGACUGGAAUUCAAUGCAUAUCAUGUAUUAUGUAAUUCUUUUUAAGUUUGUUUUUGUGUUACGUUUUUCAGUUGUAUUAUUUUAAACACACUGUAUCGAUAUUCUCACUCAUUUGAUAGGAUAUCUACAAGAAUAACUACGUUUGACAUUCUAUGGAAUGCUUUGGAACAUUCCGAACAACACGAAAAAAGUGUGGUGUAAGCAAGUGUUUUGUAAAUAUUGUGCAAUUGUGCUUUUGGAUUCAGUUUAAAUGAUGUUCUAGUAAAGACAGAAGCAAAUGAAACCCUUUGUGUUUUCU